AUAUAAAUUUGCCUGCCAAGCGCCAUUAACCCCUUAAGAAGAAAACGUGAACAUUUCCGGUUUGGUCAGGAUCAAAAAAUCCAGACGAAGCGCCAAACUUUGAACCCGCACGUUCGGGGUGGAAUUUGAAGAUAAACGUGAUGGAGCACAAUUCAAUUAUAGUUUUAAGCGACGAUGAGGAUGAAGGCAAUUUCUCAAUGACCCUCAACGAUUCCUCUGUGCUUAUCGUUGAAAAUGAGACGAAAGGACCAGGUAAUCUUCGUUAUGUCAAUACUUAAAUAUGACAAAACAAAAGAGAUGUGCCCAGGCAUAUCGAGGAGGUGGAUGAGGACUUGGCCAUCACAUACUCCCAAACCGCAACAGUUCUUCCACAUGCUAGAUACGACUGUGUUCUGCCUUUCUGUCGAGAAGAGCAGAACGUCUCUGGACCUCUACAAGAUAAUGCUAAGCACUGUGAUCAGUGUUUCUGCUAUAUCUGUGACAAACUAGCCUCCAUGUGUGACUUUUGGACCAUUCCUGGCUUUUGCCACUGCAAUGCUCAUAAGCACAGCGUCUACUGGAAAGCCCUCCGUGACAAGUGCAUGAUGGGAUUUCUGCAUGAGCUGAACUUUACCUUUGAUCCAUCAGAAAUGGAUUCAGAUCUGCGGCGUGCAGAGACUUUACUGCAGAAAUUUGCUGGCAGUUUAGCAAUGAAAUAUGCAAAGUUUUUGUUGGGGAAUGAGAAUCCCAAUCAAAAGGACUGCCGCUGCUACUGUCAUCACAACAAAAAUGCCUUUACACAGAACCAGACCUUAGGAUGCAAAGGAUGCAGUGGACACCACUUUAAAAACCUGGAGUAUGAUUACAGUGGUGUCAGUCAUCAUCUUAAAAUGUUUUUCAACGGAGCAAAUGAAGAGAACCCCAAGACUUGUGUUGUUAUGCUUUUAGGGGCAAUCAAGCUUUUCAUCACCCACACAGCUCCUGGAAAUAUGCAUGCUAUUAAAACUGUAUCUGAAAUGGUGUCAAUGCUCCUGUGGAGGUUUAUGACGAAGGUGUGGACACUUUUAGUUGAAUUUGAUUUCUCUAGCACAUUUUUAAAGCACCUUGAUUCUUUCGUCCAGAGGAUUCCCAUGGCUGCAAACUGCACCUUGCCAAAAAGCCUAAGCGUGCUACCUUGGGAUGAUCCACUACUCUCUUCUGUAAUGAAAGGUCAGAACAUCACUGGAGAGAGGCAGCUCAAAGGUCGAAAGGUUCAGCUCUUGUGUGAACAUCUGACUGUGAUUCAAGCAAGAGUCUGUAAACUUCAGCGGCAAAACAAGUACAGAGAGCUGGCCCGCUACCUCAAAGUUGUCAGAUGCAUUAAUAAUCCAACGCUGCAGAGAAUGAGAGACUUGGUUCCCCUCUACCUGUGCAAGGUUGGAGACUACACGGGUGCAGUCCAAACCAUGUUAUCCCCAAUGCUUGGUGCUCCUUCCUCUGCCUCUCGACUCACACCUGCACAGUUCAGAGCUUAUCUGCGGAUUCUGACAUCAGGUCAUGCACCGGACAUAACACUGCCAGAGCUUGACCCAGAGAACGGUCAUGUGAUCACAUCAGAUCCUUUAUUGAGUACUAAGUGGACGCCCAUCGAAGGUGUAAAUUCCUUCAAGAGUAUGGAGGUGCUGAAGUUUGCACUGAGGGUUCUGGACUGCAACAGCACUGUUUUUGCAGAUCCGGAAUGCUGGGUGUAUCUGCUCAGCGUUGUCAGUUCCAGCUUUAUUACUCCAGAAGGACUGGUUGUUGGUGCAUUGUUUGCCGAGCCUGACAUCAACUUUCAAACGGUGACCAGAAAGGCUGCCAAUGCAAUUCUCGAGGAGCUGACAAGUACAUCGCGCAUACAGGUCCCCAAAACAUUUGAUAUUGGUUAUCCUGACCAAGCUAGACUGCUGUUGGCCGUUCAGGCUUUGACACUGCGUAUAUUCCACUCACAACUCCGCCCCAUCCUUGGUGUCAUCACUGUUUUUAGGUUGAACCACUGGGCGCUUCAUUGGUUCUUCAACAGUCUUCUGGUAAAGCCUAAUAUUCUGCAAUAUGUCCUGUCCUGCGUGCUGGAAGAACUGUCUCACGAACCCUACGAGAGAAAAUUGAGCGAAAGCGAUCACUCCCUGGUUGCUUACUUCCUCUGCAUGUUCUUCCUGGAAAACAGCAUUCUUCUAGAUGCUGCAUCCUAUCCCAUCAGUGGUCUGCUUGCGACUUGGGACGAAUCGCACAACCCUUGGCAAAUACGCUUGAGGCUGCAUCUUGAAUGCAAUGCUGCAAGACUCACUCAAGAAAAACGCCAAAUCCUGCAGCUCAUCCAACGCCUGAGAAAAUGACCCUGACUCAUCCUGAAGAAAAGAAUAUUUAUGGGUUUUAUUGUAGUUAAGAUCAAUUUUUUAUUUCUUAUACUUUUUAAUAAGGCUGAUUUUGUUAUUUGCACAGUUAUAUUCAGCAAACAGAGUUUCAAGUCUUUAAACAUUAGUGGUAUUGUAAAUAAAUAGUUAAGAUUCAAAUGCAAC